UUUCACAUCUCUAAGAACUACUUUCUUUCCGGUAUGGAUGCUGAAUCCUCCUCCUCCAUAGAGUUGCCACAACAGUGUCGUCAGCUUACCAUUUCUGAGAUUCAAUUGGCAACCCGAAACUUUGAUGAGUCAUUGGUAAUUGGGCAUGGGGGGUUCGGCAUAGUUUACAAAGGAACCAUCACAAAUGGGGCAACUCAUUUCGUUGCUGCCAUCAAACGGUUGGAUUCAACUUCUAAUCAAGGAGCAUUAGAGUUUUGGGCUGAAGUUGAGAUUCUCACUAAGUUAAGGCACUGUCAUUUAGUGCCUUUGAUUGGUUAUUGCAAUGAUGGGCAAGAAAUGAUCCUUGUUUACAAAUACAUGCCCCAUGGAAGCCUUGAAGAUCAUCUUCACAAGUUUCAGACUAAUUUACCUUGGGUGCAACGACUCAAAAUAUGUUUAGGGGUUGCUCGUGGGUUAGAUUACCUUCACACUGGUACGGGUAUAAAGCAUGGAGUUAUACAUCGCGAUGUGAAGAGCUCUAAUAUAUUGUUAGAUGAAAGCUGGAAUGCUAAAAUUUCAGAUUUUGGUUUGUCCAAACUAGGUCCAAUAAAUCAACCUUCCACUUAUGUCAACACUGUUGUGAAAGGAACUUUUGGAUACCUAGAUCCAGACUACUUCACAACGGGUAGGCUAACGAGAAAGUCUGAUGUGUAUGCCUUUGGGGUAGUUUUAUUUGAAGUCCUUAGUGGAAAGCGGGCAGUGGAUAAAAGUCUUGAUGAGGAACAUUGGGGUUUAGUAAGAUGGGCUCAAGAAUCUAUCAAAGAAGAUAAGCUUGAGCAAAGGUUGAUUCUAAUAUAAGGGAGGGAAUCAUGCCUAAAAGUUUAAAGGAGUUUGCACGGAUUGCAGAUUGGUGUUUGGAGAGCAAUCCCAAGCAACGGCCUACAAUGGCUGAGGUUGUGGUCUCUCUUGAGUCUGUACUAGCCUUACAAGAGAAAGUCGGCAACAAAUUGCACCCUUCAGGCAUGAGAAUAUUUGGUAAUAAGGGGCUAAUGUCUCCAUUUCGGUCCAACGGGGAAAAAUCUGCUUGCCCCCUAAGCAUAACACACUUGGUUCGUGGGUGGAAUACUUACAGAAACUAUAAUGAAGGAAAAUCUAAGUUGAAGUCUGAGAUGAUUUCUCAUCAAGAGAAGCUUGUCAACCAAUUAAAGCAAACGUAUGAUGACAGCCAACUUGUCAAAAUUGCAAAGGGACAGAAGCAUAUAAAAGUACUCGAAGAGUCACUUGGGUUGGUAUCUAAGAAACUGACCGAAGAAAAGAACCGCAUUGUCAAGGACAGGACACAGCAGUACCAUGAGAAAAACAUGGAAGAUGACGCUUUAUAAACUAUUUCUAUCAUUCUAUGGUCUCACCAUAAAACUUAUUGGAUAACCAUAUUUUAUUAUUAUUGUAAUUAUCUUGUUGCAUUAGAUUAGGACUCUAGUUUCCUUAAUUUACCCAAUCCUCUUGUAUAUAUAGGAACGUUGAGAAUGUAUUUUGGCAUAU